AUGGCCAAGCUAAGUCACCCAGCUGACUCCUCGCACGCUACACCAGUAGCAGACCGCACUCUCGACGCUACCACUGGCUCGCCUCCUGCAAUGUCUUCACCUCCGCCUCGCUCACUCUCUCUAGAGGCCAGCCUACAAUCACACGGAAAUGAUAACCUGCCGCAUUCCCCACCACGUAGGGGCUCUGAGCGAUCGUCGUUUUCGCCAGCCGACUGCCGUACGCUCAAGAAGAUCUUGCGUGAUGUCGGCAACAACUCUCCUCCACCCACUCCAAGUCCAUUUGGGCCCAUCGAGCAGCUGUUUUCCAACACUGACCGCACCAGUAGCACUGUACAAGGUCGCACCGAUGAGAAUGAGGGCUAUCGUUUCGUGAGCGACGAAGCUGCUGACACCGGCUACGAGGACGAGGACGACAGCAUGGAGCUGAGUGAAGGCAUGGAGGGUCUUACGUCCAGGGACACAGUCAGCUCACUCGGUGACCCUGCCUCACCAUCCGUUUCUAAAUCUGACCGACGGUUGCAAGACAGCAUCUCAAUGCAUGACGAGAAGGACAGACUGAAGUACACUGGUCACCGCUCAUCAACUACAAAGCAUUCAAAAGCCAAGCGGCAAGAACAGGAGCACGACGACCUGGCUGAGACCACAAGAGGAGAUACUAUCGAAGAUGUCAUGAACUUACCCGGCAAGCGUGCUCCGCCAGCAUGUCCGCUGGACCUGGGCUGUCGCGACUUAGACCGCCGACCCAUACCUGAUGACAUCAAGCAGCUGAACCGGAUGCGCCUCUCGAUGGAGAAGGUUCUGGAAGAUGAGCGCGUUGAGCAGGAACGUGCAGAAGGCGAAGAACCCGGCAUCUUCAUUCCAGGUUUCAGUCCACCGCACGACAUGGCCACAGGCGUUGAUGAAUCUGGUCUCGACGAGUUCGAUGCAGAUAAGGAAGACACCACUGUCCAUGGAUCUGGAGCUCAACGCAGAAAGACUCCGGACCGAGCCCAUAUCCAGUUCACUACCAACCAGAACGUUCCUGAAACACCGUUCACUAAGACUUUGAGCUACUUCAAGCAGUACAAAGGCACCGAAAACUCUCCCUCAAAGCGCCGUCGUAACACUGCCCUACCUCAAGAGAUCGCUGACGUCGCUGACGUCGCUAUUGAUGCGGAAGAUAAGACAGCUUACCCAGACCAAAAGGAGUUGCAGUCUGUGGCUCCAGAUACAAGCGCAUUGCCUACGGUGUCUGCUCUAGCCGACUUGGAAGGCAUAGUACCGCCCAAGACCGGCAAAGCCACAGUAAGCACUUCUCACCCUGUCGACGAAGGGGACGAAUCUCGUAACGUGCCAGCGUCUACAAACGCUGUCCCGGAGGAGACUUUCAGCAAAGGCAAGGCUGUCUCAGAGUCAGCACCGAAUGACACUCAGAAGCAGCUCAUCCUCUACCCGCAGCACCCUGCCUUCAUCAACGCCAUUGGUAUGAUUCCAGCUACCAUGUUCUGGGCGACUGCCGCCCCGAUAGUCAAGUACACCAACAUCGCCGUCGACUUGCUCACCGAUAAAUUGAGGGAUACAUACCUCUGAAAAUCAACAAAGACAAGCUGCGGCAAGGAUGCUCCAGCUUGCUAACAACGUAGAGCUUACAGG